AUGGGCGCAUUGCCUAAGCAUGAUGACCAAUAUACUCCCUCGUCUCACCAUCUCUCCCUAUUGCAAGAGGUUGUCGAUAGCCAAUUAGGGUCGGCAGGAUUAUUGAUUAGGAGUUACAAACGAAGUUUCAAUGGAUUUGCGGCAACACUAACCGAUGAUGAGGCCCAAAAGAUUUCAAGCAGAAAAGACGUCGUCUCUGUUUUCCCGAGUAAGAAGUUGCAGCUCCAGACCACGAGAUCAUGGGAUUUCUUAGGCCUUCCUCAACCCACAAUGAUUAAGAACCCUGUGGGCAUUGCCAAUGAUGUUGUGGUCGGAAUUAUAGAUAGUGGAAUCUGGCCGGAACUACCCAGUUUCGAUGACCGUGGUUUUGGUCCUCCGCCAGCGAAAUGGAAGGGUGUUUGUAGAGGCGGAACCAAUUUCACCUGUAACAAUAAGAUCAUCGGCGCCCGAUACUACUCUUCCCAAUCGGCAAGAGACGACCAAGGUCACGGGACCCACACGGCGUCGACGGCAGCAGGAAACGUAUUGAAGGACGUCAGCUUCUAUGGGCUGGCGAGCGGCGUCGCCAGAGGCGGACUUCCCUCCGCUCGAAUCGCCGUCUACCAGGUGUGCGACGACCUCGGCUGUUCGUCGGCGGACAUUCUGGCCGCCUUCGACGAUGCAAUAGCAGACGGCGUCGACGUUAUCUCCGUAUCGAUCGGGACGCCCGAGGCCGUUGAUAUAGACGCCGACACCGUCGCAAUCGGCGGGUUUCACGCGGCGCGCCGAGGAAUCCUCACCGUACAUUCUGCCGGGAACAGCGGCCCCCAAUCUGCCACCACUUGUAGUGUAGCUCCGUGGUUGCUCUCCGUCGCCGCCAGCACCAUCGACCGAAAAUUCGAGUCCAAAGUUGUUCUCGGUAACAGGAAGAUAGUCACGGGGAUUUCAGUGAAUGCAUUCGCGUGGAAUGGGCUGGAGUCGCCAUUGUUACAUGGAGAUCCAUCAAUUGGUUGCCCAGGAGCUUGUGGGAACAAAAUUGUGAUAUGCGAUUCCAUCAACGAAAAGGAGCUGGCUUUUGAAGCUGGCGCCAAGGGAGUUAUAUACCCUUACAACACUCCCGAUGCCGCCUCUGUUGUCGCCUUGCCUGCCGCCGCGGUGGAUUUCCAAACCCUUGACGCCGUCAUCUCAUAUCAGAACUCUACUAAAAAUCCAGUGGCGAAGAUACUAAAAAGCGACACUGUGAGAGAUCCAGGAGCGCCAUUGGUGGCUUCCUUUUCCUCCAGAGGUCCGAAUUCGAUCAUCUCUGGUAUUCUCAAGCCGGAUGUGAGUGCUCCUGGGGUGGAUAUCUUGGCUGGGUUUUCUCCGGUGGCAUCAUUAUCUGAAAAUCCCUAUGACAAAAGACGAUACAAUUUCAAUGUGUUAUCCGGAACUUCUAUGGCCUGCCCACAUGUCACCGGCGUAGUUGCUUACCUCAAAACCUUGCACCCCGAUUGGUCUCCUUCCGCUCUCAAAUCCGCCAUCCUCACCACCGCGACACCAAUGCAUCCGGGGAAUGUUCAAGAUCCAACCCUUACAUACGUAUCCACAGAAUUCGCUUAUGGGUCUGGGCAGCUGAAUCCUGUGAAUGCCACAAAUCCAGGACUUGUCUAUGAAACAUCAGCACAAGACGACAUCAACUUGCUCUGCAAUUUGGGCUACGAUACCGCCAGAAUCAGAUCCGUCACAGGUGACAAAAACAGCACUUGCCUUGCCCGAGCUGACCCAGCUGCUAUAAAGGACUUCAACUACCCUUCCAUAACCGCUGAUGUUUCGCGCACGAGGGCUGCUUUCCAAAUUUCAUUUCUAAGAACGGUGACGAACGUGGGAACAGCGACGUCGACGUACACAUCCCAAAUUGUGCCGAACAUGGGAAGACUGAAGAUUGAAGUGACGCCGCCGGUUCUUUCUUUUGGGUCCUUGAAUGAGAAGAAGUCUUUCACCGUGACUGUAUCGGGAGGUAAAGCUCCGGCGGAUGGGUUUUUGGCCUCUGCUUCACUGAUUUGGAGAGAUGGGGUUCAUAGUGUUAGAAGCCCAAUUGUUAUUUACACAUAAUAAUAAUGAUCCUUCAUAAUUUCCCAUCGCUUGUUCAUCUGAAUAUGAAGAGAAUUAGGCUUGGCAACAGGACGGAUCGGGGCCGG